AUGUCUGUCAUUCUCUGUACAGCUGGAUACGAUCAUACUAUCAGAUUCUGGGAGGCCCUAUCGGGUAUCUGUUCGCGUACAAUUCAACAUCCUGAUUCCCAAGUGAACCGCCUCUGUAUCUCCCCCGAUAAACGAUACCUCGCCGCCGCUGGUCACCACACCGUUAAGCUCUACGAUAUCAAAUCCACGAAUCCAAACCCACUGUUAACUUUCGAGGGACAUACCGGUAAUAUUACAGGCGUCGCUUUUCAUUGUGAGGGAAAAUGGAUGGUUACUAGCUCCGAAGAUGGCACUGUCAAGAUCUGGGAGACGAGAACUGGAUCAAUUCAACGAAGCUAUAACCAUGGCUGCCCGGCGAACGAUGUCGUAAUCCACCCGAAUCAGGGUGAGAUUAUCAGUUGCGACAGGUCGGGAAGUGUCAGAGUGUGGGAUUUGGCCGAGAACAACUGUUCCCACGAACUCAUUCCAGAGGAGGACGUCUCAGUCUCCAGCGUCACCGUAGCCAGCGAUGGAUCUCUGUUGUGCGCCGCGAACAAUGCGGGCAAUGUAUUCGUGUGGAACCUCAUCCAGAGUUUCGACCGUACACAGCUGGUGCCUGUCACCCACUUCAACGCUCAUAAGGAAUACAUCACCCGUAUUCUUCUAUCUCCAGACGUCAAGAAGCUGGCGACGUGUAGCGCAGACCAUACAGCCAAGAUUUGGGAAGUUAAGAACAUCGAACCAACUCCAGACCAAGAGCCCAAGCCCUAUCCCCUCGAGGCCACUCUUACAGGCCACCAACGCUGGGUAUGGGACUGCGCUUUCAGUGCUGACUCCGCAUACCUUGUAACUGCCUGCUCUGACCAUUACGCGCGACUAUGGGAGCUACAUAGUCAGCAGAUCAUUAGACAGUACAACGGACACCAUAGAGGAGCCGUUUGUGUUGCGCUGAACGAUUACUCGGAAACGCGAUAA